GUGUGUGUGUGUGUGUGUGUGUGUUGAAAUAAAGAACAGGAAGAGAAAAGAGAAGAUAGCAGCGCCUCGUUCACACGCUUUGCUUUUGGCUGUGCAGCGAGUUCCUCUUCUCCUCGAGUGAAAGUCUCUCAUGGGCAAAGCGAAGGUGAAGCCCGGGCCCCUGGGUCGCAGGCCGGACAACUCUGCUUUCAAGCAGCAGAGGCUCCCUGCCUGGUCUCCCAUGCUAACGGCUAACAGCGUGCUGCCCUUCUUCUACGUGAUGGCUGUGAUAUGUAUGGUGCUGGGAGUGUGGCUGCUCCUCACAGUACAGAGCACACAGGAAAUAAAGGUGGACUACACGGACGCUGGAACCUGUAACGUGUGCCUCGAAAUGCGUAAAAAUGUCAGCAAUGCAGCAAAGAGCUGCAGCUGCACAGUGAGGUUUGAAAUCCAGAAGGCGUUCAAGGGAGACGUCUUUUUCUACUACGGCCUGCGGAACUUCCACCAGAACCUCCGCAGGUACAUGGACUCCAGAGACGACGGACAGCUGGUUGGAAAGAAGGCGAACCUGAAGAACCCCAGUUCCUACUGCGAGCCCUUUUCCAAAGACCCCAGCGGACUCCCCGUCGCCCCGUGCGGCGCUGUGGCCAACAGCAUGUUUAACGACUCCUUCUCUCUGACCUAUCACGGGUCCAGCGGUCUCACCGCUGCGGUUCCUCUGCUGCGCCGAGGCAUCACCUGGUACACGGACAAAAACAUCAAGUUCCACAACCCCAAGAUCGACAACCUCACGCUGCCUCAAGUGUUUGAAGGCACAGCUAAGCCGCUGUACUGGCAGAGGCCCGUGUACCAGUUCGAACCCCUCGAUCCAAACAACAACGGCUUCAUCAACGACGACCUGAUCGUGUGGAUGAGGGAGGCGGCGUUCCCCAACUUCAAAAAGCUGUAUGGGAUUUUGAACCGAACCAACAAGCCCUUCAAAAACGGGCUUCCAGCCGGGAACUACAGCGUGGAGAUCUCCUACAACUUCCCUGUGCAGUACUUCCAAGGCAGAAAGGGGGUGGUGCUGACCACGCUGACCUGGUUUGGAGGCCAGAACUACUUCCUGCCCAUUGCUUACCUAGUAACCAGUGGCCUGAUCCUACUGGUAGCCGUCGUCCUCACAGUGGUCUGGUGGAAGUUUGGAAAGAAUGGGAACAACAUGCAGGAAUGAAGGGAAAAUGCUGAUUGAUGCACUCCUUUAAAUAAAUCCCAAAGGACACUGGCAUGAGCAAAGGAGGUGUAGAGGAAGAAUGUUGAUUUGGUGCAAAAUGAAGAAUUCCGUUGGACAUCUGGAAAAUCUAAAUGAUCCUCGUCCUUUCCCUGCGAUGCUGCUGCUAAAAAAGGCACCGUUUAAACACUCAGGACCUUCACAGAUGGGCUGCGUUUAAGACCCACUGUAACAAGCGUAUACGUUUACAUUCAGGAAAAUCAAGCUGCAUUUCUAGUGUCAUUAUGAAGAUGUUUGUGCUCGAUGACAGCUAUAAAUUGUAAUAAAGGAUUCUUUUUAAAAACUC